AUGGCGGCCCUGAUCCGCCCACACUGCGCGCUGCAGCCGCCCUCGGACCACUUCGCGCCCGCGCCGCGAGGCGGCUGCGGCGGCCUCUUCUCUAGCCUGGCGUCCGCCGGCGGUGCUGGGCCGCGAGCGUCGCCGCGCGUCGCGCUGGCAGCUGGGGCGAGCACGUGCGCGGCCGCCGUGGCGCCGCCCGUCGUGCCGGUUCCUCCCGUGGUGUCCGCCACUGGCCGCGCGCAGCCGCUGGUCUCCGGGGCGAGGUGCGAGUACCAUGACGUCUGCCGGCAUGCCAGCGCCCCGGACAUCGCGGCGGAGCCAGAGCCGCCCUCUCUCCCCAGGUCGAACACUGCUCCACAGCUCCUCGAGAGGGCGAGCGGCCCCCAGGUGCGCUACGACUGCGGCGGCAUGUCGAGGACCACUGGCGCCAGACCAGCGGCCUCUCCAAGAGAGCAGCCAACAUGUCGGAUGCGCAAGCUGGUGUCCGUCGUUGCGCCUGGCGGCGGCACGCUGGCGAACGGAGCGGUCUACUCUGAGCUGGCCCGCAGCUCGCGCCUGAAGGUCGAGAUCCUGGGCCGGGCGCGGGCCGAGUACGACCAGUACCCGGAGGCGUUCGACGGCGGCAGUCCCCCGCCGAACUUCGACAGUGGGGCGUUCAGCGUCAACCAUGCACUGACUACAGGCGUCAGCAAGCUGGCGCUGCGCCCAAGGAGGCUCAUCGUCUUCGACUCCGAGACCUCCAUCUCCGCCUCCGCAGUCGCGCGCACUGCAGAGGAGGAGAGCGAUUGCCUGGUCGUGGGUUCCAGGGGCGGCCAGGUGGCCCUCCCGCACCUGUGGAAGAAAGCUGGCGCGGCGACGCCACCCGCCGUUAUCAUCAACGGAGGCUGCGCGAUGCAGUUCCCGGAGGCCCCCUGCUGGCCAGACGAGGCCGCGCCCUUCCUGCUCGCCGGGGGCUGCGACAACUUCCGCGGGAG